AUGGAGCGGGACGGUUGCGCUGGGGGCGGGAGCCGCAGCGGCGAGGGCGGGCGCGGCCCCCGAGAGGGCCUGGCGGGGAACGGCCGAGACCCGGGUCCGGGCCGCGCCGCCGAAGGGUCCGGGGAGCCGCAGGCGGCCGCGUCGCUGCUGGCCCCCAUGGACCUGGGGGAGGAGCCGCUGGAGAAGGCGGCGCGCGCCCGCCCGGCCAAGGACCCCAACACCUAUAAAGUGCUCUCGCUGGUAUUGUCAGUCUGUGUGUUAACAACAAUCCUUGGUUGUAUAUUUGGGUUGAAACCAAGCUGUGCCAAAGAAAUUAAAAGUUGCAAAGGUCGCUGUUUUGAGAGAACAUUUGGAAAUUGCCGCUGUGAUGUUGCUUGUGUUGACCUUGGAAACUGCUGUCUAGAUUACCAGGAGACAUGUAUAGAACCAGAACGGAUAUGGACUUGCAGCAAAUUCAGGUGUGGUGAGAAAAGGUUGUCCCGAAGCCUUUGCUCCUGUUCAGACGACUGCAAGGACAAGGGAGACUGUUGUAUCAACCACGGAUCUGUGUGCCGAGGGGAGAAAAGUUGGGCAGAAGAAGAAUGUGACAGCAUUGAUGAACCGCAGUGCCCAGCAGGGUUUGAAACACCUCCUACCCUCUUAUUUUCUUUGGAUGGUUUCAGGGCAGAAUAUUUGCACACUUGGGGUGGACUUCUUCCUGUUAUUAGCAAGCUGAAAACCUGUGGGACAUAUACUAAAAACAUGAGACCAGUAUAUCCAACAAAAACUUUCCCCAAUCACUACAGCAUUGUCACAGGACUCUAUCCAGAAUCCCAUGGCAUCAUUGACAAUAAAAUGUAUGAUCCCCAAAUGAACGCUCACUUUGCACUUAAAAGCAAAGAGAAAUUUAACCCAGAGUGGUACAAAGGAGAACCAAUUUGGCUCACAGCUAAAAAUCAAGGCCUGAAGACUGGCACAUUUUUUUGGCCAGGAUCAGAUGUGAAAAUUAAUGGAAUUUUCCCAGACAUCUAUAAAAUCUAUAAUGUUUCAGUACCAUUUGAAGAAAGAAUUUUAGCCGUUCUUAAGUGGCUACAGCUUCCUAAAGAUGAAAGACCACACUUUUACACUCUGUAUUUAGAAGAACCAGAUUCUUCGGGUCACUCUUACGGACCAGUCAGCAGUGAAGUCAUCAGAGCUUUGCAGAGAGUUGACAACAUGGUUGGCAUGCUGAUGGAUGGUCUGAAGGAGCUGAACUUGCAUAGAUGCUUGAACCUCAUCCUUAUUUCAGAUCAUGGCAUGGAACAAGGCAGUUGUAAGAAAUAUGUGUAUCUGAAUAAAUACUUGGGAGAUACUAAAGAUGUUAAAGUUGUAUAUGGACCUGCAGCUCGACUGAGACCCUCUGAUGUUCCAGAUAAAUACUAUUCAUUUGAUUAUGAAGGCAUCGCCAAAAAUCUUUCUUGCCAGGAACCAAACCAGCACUUCAGACCUUACCUGAAACAUUUCUUACCCAAGCGUUUGCAUUUUGCCAAAAAUGACAGAAUUGAGCCCUUGACGUUCUAUUUGGAUCCUCAGUGGCAACUUGCAUUGAAUCCUUCAGAAAGGAAAUAUUGUGGAAGUGGAUUCCAUGGCUCUGAUAAUGCAUUUUUGAAUAUGCAAGCCCUCUUUAUUGGCUACGGACCUGGAUUCAAGCACAGCACUGAAGUCGACUCCUUUGAAAAUAUUGAAGUCUAUAACUUAAUGUGUGAUUUACUGAAUUUGACACCAGCUCCUAAUAAUGGGACUCAUGGAAGCCUUAAUCACCUUCUAAGCAAUCCUGUUUACACUCCAAAACAUCCCAAAGAAGUCCGCUCCCUGGUCCAGUGCCCCUUCACAAGAGCCCCCAGGGAGGACCUCGACUGCUCGUGUGAUCCCUCAAUUUUGCCAGUUGUGGAUUUUCAGACACAGUUGAAUCUGACCAUGGCAGAAGAGAAGACCAUUAAGCGUGGCACUCUACCCUAUGGAAGACCCAGAGUUCUCCAGAACAGCACUGUCUGUCUGCUUUACCAGCACCAGUUUGUGAGUGGUUUCAGCCAUGACAUCCUGAUGCCCCUUUGGACAUCCUACACCAUGGACAGAAAUGACAGUUUCUUUACAGAAGACUUUUCCAACUGUCUUUACCAGGAUCUCCGAAUUCCUCUUAGUCCUGUCCAUAAAUGUUCAUUUUAUAAAAAUAACGCUAAACUGAGCUAUGGGUUCCUCUCCCCACCACAAUUACAUAAAGGUUCAAGUCAAGUAUAUUCUGAAGCAUUGCUUACUACUAAUAUAGUGCCCAUGUACCAGAGUUUUCAAGUUAUAUGGCAAUACUUGCAUGGCACCUUACUGCAGAGGUAUGCUGAAGAAAGAAAUGGUCUCAAUGUUGUCAGCGGUCCUGUGUUUGAUUCUGAUUAUGACGGACGUUAUGAUUCCUUGGAGACUCUGAAGCAAAACAGCAGAAUCAUCCAUAAUCAGGAAGUUCUGAUUCCAACUCAUUUCUUCAUUGUGCUAACAAGUUGUAAAAAUACAUCCCAGACUCCCUUACAGUGUGAACAUUUAGAUACCAUGGCUUUCAUUUUGCCUCACAGGACUGAUAAUAGUGAAAGCUGUGCGCACGGGAAGCGUGAAUCCUUAUGGGUUGAAGAAUUGUUGGAGCUACACAGAGCUCGGAUCACGGAUGUUGAACACAUCACCGGACUCAGCUUCUAUCAAGAAAGAAAAGAGCCAAUUUCAGACAUUUUAAAGUUGAAAACACAUUUGCCAACCUUUAACCAAGAAGACUGAUACAUUUUUUAUUCCAAAAACACGGCAGUAAAUCUUUGUGAAAGAGCCUUCUGUUUUAUACAUCCUCUAUUUACACUGUUGCAUUGUUUGGAGACUGUCGACCAGAGUUAGAACUGGGAAUCCUCUGUGAUACACGACCUUCUCAGGGAAACUUGUGGCCUCCGCAUGACAGUAGGAAAGUGUUCCUACUGAGUCUCACACAUGUUUGAAUGUGUAAGAAUUGUUCAGAUUUGGGAAUAAAGACAGAUCGUACCUAAAACUGCUCUUCUACUUCUCUUAAGGGCAGAAGGAGCUGUGAACGUUCUCUGGACACCAGAUGUUUGAAUCAUAUGAUCAUUAAUAAAUUUCUAUGAUGCUGACAAACACUAGGCUAAUGAAUAGGAUUGGACUAGACCGUAUUUCAUUAGUUUAUUCACAGGAAUUUAAAAGUGAUUCUGGAUUCUUUUUAACUUGGAUGUUCGUUUAUUUUCAUUUUAAUCAGAAAAGUUAAUGGGAGCAGAAAUAUUUGAAGCCCUAUUUGUAUCUCUUCUGUACACCCCCUCAAAAGCUAACUAUUUUUAAGUUGUAAUUGGGUUUCUUCAGAUUUAAUGAUUCUUUCAGGUUAAACUUUGAGGGACCAUCUGUACUGAGUGUAUCUACCCUUUAUAAAA